AUGACCCAAUUCGAGCCCUCCGAUCUCGCCGCCUACCCGACCUUUGAGGAUUUCUUCACCCGCGCACACGCACCCGGUAGUCGACCGAUUCACGAGCAGGAUGAUCCUGCUAGCGCCGUGGUCGUCGCGGACUCGCGUCUUGUGGCGUAUGAAACCGUCACAGAAAGCAAGAAACUCUGGAUCAAGGGCGAUCGGUUCUCCAUUAGCAAUUUGGUCAUGGAUAAGGCGUUGGGGACGCAAUUUGCCGACGGUCCCGUCGCGAGUUUCCGGUUGUCGCCGCAGGAUUAUCAUCGUUAUCAUAGUCCGGUGACCGGGGUCGUGAAGCAGUAUAGAGCGAUGCCGGGAGAUUAUUAUGAUGUGGAUCCGUUCGCGAUUAGAAGUAAGGUGGAUAUUUUGACGAGGAAUACGCGUGAUUAUGUGGUUAUUGAGAGUGAGCGGUUCGGGGAUGUGCUGUUUGCUGCGAUUGGGGCUACGGAGGUGGGUUCUGUGAGGUAUGCUGGAUCCUUCUUCUUGUUGUUUAUCGCGGGUUACUAA